UCUUAUCAGGGUGGACCGCCUUCACGAGAGAUUCUUGAUGCGAGAACCAUAACAAGGCCGAUGCCACAUUGCACAUGACUGUGGCGCAUGAACAGAGCCUCGUUCUCCGAAGAAUACUUCUAACGGAGCAACCUCAUCGUGUCCCUUGGUAGCCCUGCAUCCUGUCUGUGUCACCAUGACUGGCGCGAACAUGCAUCUUAACAACUCUCUAGGGUCCCUCUUCAUUGGAGUGCUCUUUGCUAUACUUUUAUACGGCAUUGAAUGUGCACAAAUACUGUACUACGCGCGAGCCUAUCCAGAUGACUCCUUGUCGAUAAAAGCUCUGGUCACAUUCUUAUGGACCGUCGAGACAGCAAGAACAAUCCUUGAUCUCAUUGUGGUAUGGCACUACCUCAUUCAGAAUCAUGCGACUGUGAAGGCGCUGGAGCUCUUGCCUACCGCGUUCUCUGCCGAGUUUUUCCUUAACUCUCUGACAGUUCUCAUUGCGCAAAGUUUCUUCAUACACGCAAUAUGGAGGCUCUUGGGCAUCAGGAACCGCUGGUACCGUUGGCCAUUGGCAGUCACCGUGAGCUCGUUGGCUCUGCUGUCCUUCGCGGGUGGUUGUGUUACAGUAUGGAAGGUAUACCAACGCCAUUACAUCAUGGCCGAGGUGUUGCGGGACGCGGAGUUUCCAGCUUCCAUCGCGACUGUCACCGCUGUAGUCACCGACAUCUGUAUUACCGUUUCUCUUUGUCUCACAUUGCGUGCGCAGAGGACCGGCUUUGUGCGGUCUGACACGCUCAUCUCGAUGAUUUUGCUGUUCGCCAUCCAAAGAGGAAUAUGUACCUCCCUCGUACAAGCGCUGCAUUUCUUGACGUAUGUCUGCACCUUCAGACAACAGCUGCUCGUGUGGAUGGUAUUCCAUUUCCCCGCAAGCAAGGUAUAUGUCAACUCCCUUCUCGCCGUGCUCAAUGUCCGACGAUAUAUCAGUCAAGGCGGGAGCGACGGCGCUCUCGGCUAUCAUCUCACAGACCUCGCUCUUGGCACGUUGCCGCAAAACGGACUAUCCCAGUAAUGCGUUCGUUGGUGCUGUCGAGUUGCUUCCCGACUCGAGGGCUGUUUUCAGAGAAUUUAACCGACAGCAGAGGUCUCACACACGAGGACGGUUGAUGUGCUCGACAAAAGUGGUGCAUCACUACGAUUAUGCGAUCGAGAUUGAACUGGCAGAUGGAAGGAGGAAACAUGUAGAAGGUGCGAUGUGAUACAAAAAGACAGACUUUAUUUAUCGUUAUCACGAGUA